UGCCGCCAUUGGUCUCUUGUCUCUGUUGACGCAAAUUCGGUAUAAAACAUUCGCCCAUUGUAGUUUGUUAAUUAAUGUAGUGAAAAUAUAUAAAUAGUGCAAUAAAGUUGGCGCAAAUCUUGCGCAGUUAGUUGCACGCAACGUGCAGAAAAAGAGGAAUAGAGAAGCCGCCAGCGCCGCCGCCAAGCAGUCCAUAGUACUACAAAAAGGCAACAAAAACAACAUCAACAGUUUAGUGGGAAGGUAAACAAACAGAGUACCGUUCAUUGCGUCAGCUAGGGUAAGCGCAGUAGCCGCUAAUGCGCGACAUGGCCGAUCUAGAUGCAGUUCAUCUCGGCCUGGAUGAGAAUGAGGCGGACAUUGCCGAGGAAUUGCAGGAUUUCGAUUCGUUCGACACGCGAAGCGAGGCAUCCAAGUCGCGAGCUGGUUCCAUGGCCUCUGACUCGGAACCAAGCAUUAGCUCUGUAAGCACGGCACCGUCCUCCGCAGAUGGCAGCAGGAGUGGCAAACGUACGUCCAAAGCCAAAUCGAACAAUAAAGCAAGCAAAGACACUGCAGUUAAGUCCACAUCAGCAACAUCGGCUGCCUCCGUAAGCAAGUCCAGCAAAUCGUCGAAGAAAACGAAGCGAUCCGCUUCGCCUGGCGACCUUAAUGGUAAGAAGAAAAAGUCAAGCAGUAGCGGCAGCGAGUCCAAGUCGAAGAAAACAAUGGAUACAGAUGACAAGGGCAACUCCAAGUCUCAGGACAGCGAGGAACGUGAGUCGAGUUCGAAGAAGACGCGAAGCAAGAAAAAUGUAAGUGGUAGCAGCUCCACAGCAGCUCAUCUGAGUGGACUAAGCGGCGGCAACAAGAGCGAUCUAAGCGACGCAGAGGAUGAGAAGCCGUCGCUGCCUGCCCUCGAAUCGGACAGUGAGUCCUCGGACUCGGAUUCGGGCAUACAGCACAAACGAAAUGGUGGCGCCCGCAGCAAGGCGGCGAUGGCAAACAGCUCAAAGGGCUCCACCCCAGAGAAGGAUGGUGGCGGCAGCGGCACCACACAGAAGUCCUAUGACUACAUGACCAAGCUGAACUAUCUAUUCCGCGACACCCGCUUCUUUCUGAUCAAGUCGAACAACAGCGACAACGUGCAGUUGUCUAAGAGCAAGAGCGUAUGGGCGACGCUACCGCAGAACGAUGCCAACCUGAGCCAGGCCUUCAAGGAGGCGCGCAACGUGUUGCUUAUAUUCUCCGUUAACGAGAGUGGUAAAUUCGCUGGCUUUGCACGCAUGGCCGCGCCCUCACGGCGAGAUAUUCCACAGGUGGCUUGGGUGCUGCCUCCCAGCAUUUCACCCAAAGCUCUUGGCGGCGUCAUUGAGCUGGAUUGGAUAUGUCGCAAAGAGCUGUCGUUCAAUGCCACCUUGCAUUUGCACAACACGUGGAACGAAGGAAAGCCUGUGAAGAUUGGACGGGAUGGCCAAGAGAUUGAGCCCAAGAUCGGCGCUGAGCUGUGUCGCCUCUUUCCAGAAGACGAGCAAAUCGAGCUGACGCCCAUCUUGCGCAAGUCCAAGGAGACGGCGCGUGUGAUGCGUGAGAAAGGCAUCCAUGUCAUAUACAAGGCGCCGCGCAGUCUCUCCACGCGUGGCCACAGCGGUGGGCGUGGUAAUAGCCAGUUGGGACCGAUGCGACAUAAGCGCAGCUAUGGCGGACAUGGGCAACCACAUCAUCAUCAGCGACCGUAUAGGCAUCAUCAUCACCAUCAUGGCAUGGGCAUGGGCAUGCCGGGCAGCGGUGGCGGCGGCGGCGCCUUUAAGCGCGGUGGUUCACCUUACCGUCAAAUGGGAGGUAGUGCAGCCGGAGCCGGCGACAUGGGCAUGCCCUCGUGGGAGCGCUACAUGUCCUCGGCCGCAGCUGCCGAGGCCUAUGUGGCGGACUACAUACGUAACAUGCACGGACAGCUACCCCCGUUGCCGUUUGUGCCGCCCUUUGGCCAGCUGCCCAUGCCUGCUGCAGGAGCUGGCAAUGCAUUGCCCCCGGGAGCGCCAGCAUCAAUGUACGAGCAACUGCCACCACCGGUGCGGUAUUACGACGGACCUGGAGCGCCUCCGUUGCCAGAUUACCCGCCGCCACAGCCGAUGCGACCACCGCCGCCGGGUUUUGAUAAAGCGCCCAGCUACGAGGACUUUGCCGCCUGGAAGAAUGCGGGUCUGCCCACAGUGUCCGCACCACCGGGCUUUCCAGUCUACGCCGCCAAUGGCGGUGGCAGCAGCAAUGCCGGUGGUGGCGUGGGCGGGGCCAAUGUGCCCAAUAUCAGUGCAGGCAAUCGGGACAAUAACAACAGCUCCGUGGGCGGUCGACGACGCGAUUAUGGCGGUAACCGAAGUGGCUCCUCGCGACAAUUCCGUGGCGAACGUGGCGGCGGUGGCGGUGGAGGGCAACGCAGCUAUCGGGACGGCAGACGUUAAAUGUGUCGUUGAGUAUUGUUUACGGGUAUAAAAAGAAA